CUACUGCAUGGUCACAGCUUUGCUGAUUCCUUGAUCUAGAGUUUGCCCUGUUGGGACCCUUUAAAACCAUUCCAUUACUCAUUGGAAAAUCCUGAGAGCUUGAAUUUACAGAGCAGCUCCCAGUACAGGCCCACUCAGCAUUCGGUGACUGCCCACUCAUGAGGGUGGUGCGUACUAGAGUGAGUGGCUUGGCACCAGAACGCCAAGCGAUAGGCAGGCUGCCCUGUGGUGCCUGUGUUCUGAAACAGGAACUGUUGCUCGGAACUAGAUUUUGAGCUCUUAGUAGCCUGAGAUCCUAGCCCCUGAUAAACUGUUGAUUUGCAUCUCUUCUGUUCCCUUAGUGACACAGUGAAACUGAGCCAUAUUGGGAUCAUUAUUCAUGAGCUGUGCCUGCCUUGUGAAGAUUGGACACAGAUGCUGUGUGGGUUUCAAACUCUAGGGAAGGGGAGGUCUAGGCUGUGGUGUUCCCGUACAGAUUUGUACACUCUCAGUGUUGCAGGAUCUAAUCAUUUGGUCGCGGCCCAUUUCUGCUGCAAAGCUGCAGUAGGAAAGACGUAGUGCUUGGCCUGUGAAGGUAUGUGUGCGGCGGUCUCCUCUGCGGGCUGUGGAGUUAGAAUAAUGCCCCUGUGGUCCUGCAGCUUUAGGGUGACCAGACAGCAAGAGUGAAAAAUCAGGACAGGGGGUGGGGGGUAAUAGGAGCCUAUAUAAAAAUAGACCCAAAAAUCAGGACUGUCCCUAUAAAAUUGGGGCAUCUGGUCACUCUAUGCAGCUUGGCAAGGGAGGAUUGCAACGUUAAACCAAGAGCGUGGAUAUAGGGCCUGGUGGAAAUAGGACAAGGCAGCUGCUUGGUUGCUAGUGCUGCCUGAGGCGCUCGUGCCCUUGUUCACUGGCUGACGGAAGCAGAAUCUCCAAGUAAAGGGCAGGGUGAGGUGCCUUUAUCUUGAAUGGACUUUGAGCUGCUUGAGCAAUCUUAGACAGUCCCCCUGCACUGUAUCUUUAAGGGAGUCCUGUCUAGGCUUUGGCCAAUGCUUUAUAAUGAUGCUCUGUAACUGCCUACUUCCUUUGGGCUGAAGCUCUAAAAGCACUUUACAACAUACCUCUGGGUAAACAGAGUCACAGAGGUCAUGUGACUGUGGUACUGCAGUGAGUCACUAGUGGUCUGGACUCCUGUCCCAGCCCCCUGCUCUAACUACCAUCUUAAAGCAAAGAUCUUGUCUAGAAACUGAAUUUGAGCCCCAUCUCGGUCUCAGUUAAUUUUCCAUUACAAGAGUCUGAAAAUCCUGCUGCACCAAAUAACUCCCUUUCUCAGUGUAAGAGAAACAGGGGAGGACAUCUGUUAGUGUCCAUCAUUGUUUAAUCAUCUCUCUCCCAUCCCUGUCAUGUUUCCAGGGCUGGGUUCAGUACCCUAUAGAGGACUCAGUGUUCGCACUGUAGCAGAAACGUGUUAAAUGGAGAACUUCUCCUUUGAUCACCAAGUGCUGGUUAUUGGGGCUGUUCUAGCAACUUGGAGGCAAUUCCAGGUUUGGUGGGAGGAGGGCACAGAGCUGACAAUGGUAAGAAGGUGUUGACGAGGACAGGGAGCAGGAGGAUCUAAGAGGGGAGAUGGAGGUGUGAUUAUGUAGACCCAGGAAGGUGAGUGUGAAGAAGCUAUCAAAGACCAAAGAGAUCUACUGGGUCUGUUUCCUGCUUUGUCUAGUCUAGAUUUGGCUGCAUGGGGAUUUUGGUGAACAAGAAGCUGGAUAGGAGUCAGCAGUGUGCCCUCAUUGCCGAGAAGGCCAACGGCAUAUUGGGCUGCAUUAGUAGGAGCGUUGCGAGCAGAUCAAGGAAGUGAUUAUUCCCCUCUAUUCGGCACUGGUGAGGCCACAUCUGGAGUAUUGUGUCCAGUUUUGCCCCCUGUCCCCCACCACAGAAGGGAUGUGGACAAAUUGGAGAGUCCAGCAGAGGGCAACAAAAAUGAUCAGUGGGCUAGGGGCACAUGACUUAUGAGAGGCUGAGAAAACUGGGCUUAUUUAGUCUGCAGAAGAGAAGAGUGAGGGGGGAUUUAAUAGCAGCCUUCAAGUACCUGAAAAAGGGUGUAGGGGGGGUUCCAAAGAGGAUGGAGCUCGGCUGGUCUCGGUGGUGGCAGAUGACAGAACAAGGAGCAAUGGUCUCAAGUUGCAGUGGGGGAGGUUUAGGCUGGAUAUUAGGAAACACUAUUUCACUAGGAGGAUGGUGAAGCACUGGAAUGGGUUACCUAGGGAAGUGGUGGAAUCUCCAUCCUUAGAGGUUUUUAAGGCCCAGCUUGACAAAGCCCUGGCUGGGAUGAUUUAGUCGGGGUUGGGCCUGCUUUGAGCAGGGGGUUGGACUAGAUGACAUCCCGAGGUCUCUUCCAACCCUAAUCCGUCCCUUCCCUGGGGAGGCUGUUCUACAAACUAGUAGAUCCUCUUGUGAGAGAAAUUUCCCUGAUUUUUUCAGUAUCCUCAAAUGGUUCCACAAAGCCACUUUGGACCCCAGCCUGGGCUCCUAACCUUGCGUUUUUCUUUCUCUUCUGCAGGUUGAACAUGGCUGACCUGGUUCAUAAAAGGGGGAAGAGGCGGGAUGACAAUGGACUGGGCGGUGCUGUUGACUUCCUGUUGGCCAAUGCCAGGCUGGUGCUUGGGGUGGGGGGUGCUGCUGUGCUGGCCAUCGCAACUCUGGUGGUGAAACGGCUGAUAGACCGAGCCACCAGCUCGCCUGACGAGGACGAUGCUAAGGCAGAGCAGAAGUCCAUCAAGGAGAGCUGGCAAGAUCUGAGCUUGAUCAAGGCAGAGCCGAAGCCUUCAAAGAAGCAAAGCCGGGCAGACCUCAGCGAGUCUCUGCUGUCCCCAUCUGCGACCCUUCCUGCCCAAGCCGCUGAGCCUUUUGGCCAUCCCACCUCCCCAGAGACUCCCCAAGUAGAAUCCAGGACUCUGCUUUGUCUCACAUUCCAGGAGAAACUCCUCUCUUACUACAGAAACCAUGUCACCAUCCCGGAGACGGACGUGGCCCUUGGUAAGCAGCUGGCAAAGGACAUCUGCAUUGAACUGCAGAGCUUCCUGCAAAACAAGUGCCCAGAACUGCCCUUCGGCAGCAUGUUCCUCAGUGGUUCCCUCUGUGAUGACCUCCAGGUUGUUGCUGCCGACCAUGUCUGCUUCAUGCUGCCCUUGGUACUUGAAACCACGCUCUGGAGCCUCAUCCCAGGAGAGGACACCAUCGUAAAAGACCCCCAGUUCUGGAUGAUCAGGCGGACUGACCUGGAGUACUUCCCGCGUGGGAGCAGCCCUUGGGACAGGUUCCUAGUGGGCGGGUACCUCUCCUCCAACGUGAUCAAUGAGGCGCUCCAUAAAAUGCUGGUGGCCUCCGUCAACUGGCCUGCCAUAGGCAGCAUGUUGGACUGCCUCAUCAGACCCGUGAUGGCUUCUGAGGAGCUGAAGUUGGAGGUUAUGCAUUACGAGACCCAGCUGAACAUAACCCUCUGCCCAGUGACAGAAGCUGGGGAUAAGGUUCUUCUUGCUAAGCCUUCAAAAGGACUAGUGGAAAACCUCUGGCGACAAAGCUUUUAUAGAUCAGAGGUCUCCAAGCUUAAAGAUCUGGAUGCUGCAGACUCUGGAGCCAGGCAGUGCUGCCUCAAAAUCCUAAAAGGCAUCUGUAAAAAUCAUCCCUUCUUGAGCAGACUGACUGGCAGCCACCUGACUCAUGUCCUCCUCCACAUGAGUGAAACUCAGUCCGACUGGGCAGAGGAAGCCCUGGCUGCGAGGUUCCAGCACGUGCUUGAAGCAUUGGUUGGCUACCUGGAGACUGGCUUCCUCCCCUGCUAUUUCAACAGUCAAAUUAAUCUCUUCUGCGAGCUGCUGGAAGAGGAGAUAGAUGAGCUGGGGUAUGCACUCUACAGUGCUGUAUCUCAGCCAGACCUCUUGUUGCAGGAACAUGCGGAUAAAUGAAUUGCUAGCCUGGGCGUUCCUGGUUUUUUGCGCUUCUCUGCAUCCACUUCUCCAAGCUGAGUGGAUUGCAAAGCUUUUCACGUCCUAGUUGCUACCAGGUGAAAUUCUUGCACUUAGUGAUCAAAGUCGUCACUUUUUUUGACCCAAGGUGCCUGAGUAAAGGGAAGGGGAAAAGGGAUCUGGAGCCCGUCACCACCAGGUCUCGUCACUUCCAAUCCAGCCCAUGGCUGUAGUCAUGAGAAGUCAGGUACCAUCUAUUGAGUGGUGAGGCCUGGGUGAAGUGUUUGGUCUCUGUCCUGUCCCUACCAAACUGCCAUCAUGGUUGUCACGGUAGCGUGAGGCAGCCCAGGAUUGUAUGGGCCUGGAACCUGAACUUCCCCUUGUUCUUGGAGGUAGUCCCUUCCAAACCAAGACCCUCGCUGGUGAGUAGGAAACCUUACACUGCCGCUGCACCUUGGCUGUGUCUAAACUGGACUUGUCUUCAGGGCUCUCAGUCCAGCCCCUUUCAUGAGCACAAAAUUCAUUCUGAAAGUGCCAGACUCUAAACUUAUCAGCAGAUUCCAGCACCACCCUCUAUGUAUUUGCAGACCCAGGAUGCUGGCAGCAUGAAAGGACAGGGCUGAGGGGAGGAUCAGUUGAAACUGAUUAAGCACCACAAGAAAUUGCCAUAGCCAAUCCAAUCCCAUCUGCUUUUUCCUGACCCAUUUUCAGUGUUACUAGUGUAGCUCCCAACAGGGCAAGCUAAAUCUAACCGGUGUUACUCGUUCUGUUCGUGUGAGCUCUAAUACUAGGGGUUCAGUAUCCUGAUCGUGAGUCUUUUUAUGUUUUAACUCUCCCUCCUUAUGCACUUCAGCAGGGGCUCCACGGCAGGAUUAAGGGUGGUGGUGAUUGAGGGAGAGAGAUGAGUCCUACAGGGUUGUUUCCACAAAGCCUUUCCGUGUAGAUGGAACUAAGUGAUCCUGAAUCUUGCUACAGCUGUCGAGAAGACACACAAGACUGUCACAUGGCUGCAAGAUAGGACAGUGCUGUUCCCAAGUCCCCCUCUGCUUUAAAAUGAAUCAUGUUGACAGUCCCCACUCCAGCUUUUCAGAUUAAAGUGUUUUUAUGCAUGUGUUGCUGCUAUCUAGAUCCUGCCCCUUCUCGGUCACCAGUAAGACUCUGCUUACCCCCGGAAAGGGGCAGGAGGGGACAAUGCUUUAAUCAGAAGGCUUCCUGUUAGCAAGAGCUGAAGUGAUUUUAUGUUUGUCUUCCUGUUAAGAAUGAGAUGGUUUUAUAGUGCUGCUGAGAGAUUUACUUUGGUACCAGCUCUAUUUCAGAUACUAGAAUACGUUUUCUGACUGUUCUCAUGAAUUAAGACCCAUGCCUGUUUUGCACACUAUGGGUAGAAAAUAAACCUGCAGCCUUUUACUGUGA